UCGACACCCGGCGCUGACGCUGACGGCGCGGUGUUGAAGCCUCCUCCAAGGCGCCGCGCACUGUCCCGGGACCUGCAGUGCAGUAAUGCUCGCAGCCCGACGCCCUUCGCUACAAUAAAGUUAGGGUUUUCGCUAGACGGUUGGCAGGCCGAGAGUGUGACGCGCAAGGGAGAAGGAAAAUAAAUCCUAGCGAGGGAGAAGUGCAGGAGUUGCCACGAUCGCGGGAGGCGGCGGCCAGCGUGGAAUCCAGUCCCUCGCGCCCCGAAGUGUGAUGGCUUGACCUCCCUCCCCCUCGGAAAAUCCUGCUCCCUUCCCCUUUGUCUCUCUCUCCCUCCUUCCCCGCCUCUCCCUCUCCCUCCCCCCCCCCUCUCUCCGACACGGAAAAAAACACACAAAGCCGAAAAGACCGUGUGUGCAAAACCUCCCAACCGAAACACCGAAGAAACGAAAGGAUUAGAAAGAAGAAGAAGAAAAGGAAGAAGAAUCAAGAAAAAUAAUCCCCCAAAAAUCACCCCACUAAAAAAAGAAAGAAAAAAGAAAAGAAAAGAAAUAGAAAGAAAUAAACACCAGAAAAAAAUAUAUUAAAAAAAUAAUAAUACCCACCCCACCCCCCUCUCGGAAAAAAAAACGAAACAAAAUUUAAAAAAAAAAGAGGGGAAAAAAAUAAAUAAACACUCCCACACCCCCACAAACCUGCUACAAACCACCACAAUGAUCAUUUGCUGUGCUGGCUGCGACAAACCGAUCCUGGACAAGUUUCUCCUGACGGUGCUGGACCGAACGUGGCACGCCGAGUGUGUGCGCUGUGUGGACUGCGGCUGUGCGCUCACCGACAAGUGCUUCAGCCGCGAGGGAAAGCUCUUCUGUAGGAGCGACUUCUUCAGGCGCUUCGGGACCAAGUGUUCGGGCUGCCUGCAGGGUAUCUCUCCCCAGGACCUGGUGAGGAAGGCCCGCGACCGCGUCUUCCACCUCAAAUGCUUCACGUGCUGCGUCUGCCGCAAGCAACUGUCCACAGGCGAGGAGCUCUACGUGCUUGACGAGAACAAAUUCAUCUGCAAGCAAGACUAUAUGAGUGGAAAGGCUAUGGCAGACUCCUUCACGGGCGGCUCCGAGGACGAGGAAGACGAACCCAUGGACGUCAAACCCAACAUCGAGGCUAACAACAACGCUGGCACCCCGCCCACCUCCGCCCACCAGCCUCCCUUAGCCCCGCCCACCCUCACGCCCGCGAAUCCGAGCGCCCUCAGCAACUCGCCUUCCAGUGUCUCCGCGCCCACGCCGGGAGCCGGUCUGCCCGCGGGCGUGCUGAUGGGCGGCGGGCGACCCAACACGCCCACGAGGUCCCUGGGCGUAGUCCCGCCCACCAACACCCCGCCCAUUCUCGAGCCGAUGAGAGUUAGCGACACAAAGGUUAAUAGCUCGUUCGCUGGUUUUAAUCUGUGUCUGUCUCCUGUGUGGCUGUGUAUGUCCUCCGUGUGUCUAGCUGUGUCUGUGGCUGUCUCCUGUGUGGCUGUGGAUGUCUUCCGUGUGUCUGUGUGUGUCUCCUGUGGUGCUGUGUCUGUGGUUGUCUUCCGCGUGUCUGAUAGACCUAUAAGCCACGGCCUCAGUCUCAACGACCAGGUCAGCAUCACCACCGAGACUCCGCCCACCGACAAGGACCCAGGCAGCUUUCAUGACUCCGACGUGUCUGACGCCGAGGGCAGCACAGAGCCGAAGGACCAGGGGGGGAGCGGCGACCCUAAACUCACCGAUGAUGAUAAGGCCGGAAACAAGCGCCGAGGUCCUCGCACGACCAUCAAAGCCAAGCAACUGGAGAUCCUCAAGAACGCCUUUGCAUCGACACCCAAGCCAACGAGGCACAUCCGGGAACAGCUGGCCAAGGAGACGGGGUUGCCAAUGCGGGUUAUACAGGUCUGGUUCCAAAACAAGCGCAGCAAAGAGCGCCGGAUGAAGCAGCUCACGUCGAUGGGCAUGCGGGCGCACCUCUUCGGCAACCCGCGCAAACUGAGGGGCAUGCGCAUGUCCCCGAGCAUGGAGGACGGAUUCCCCUACUACGGCGACGCCUUCGGAUACGGACCGCAGGGAUUCCACGAUUUUUUCCCCGGACAAGGGCCUCCGCCGCCGCCGGGGAUGAGCUUCCCGCAUGGUCUCCCCCCCGCCAUGGAGCAACCUCUCCCCCCUGGCGGCCCAAUGAGUGACUACCCAGGCCUCGCUGCGUUAGGGGGCCCUCCUGUCACAGAAGCAGGACACUUCAUGACACAGCCUCCUGACAUGCUGAGCCUCUCGCAACGGUCAUCUCCCGACUCCAUUCCAGGACAAAGCGGCAAUUUCGACCACCAGGUAAACGAGGGCCUCGUCUGGUGACAUGAAGCUGACCUCUGAUGACGUCAUAGACCGUGUGACCUUCUGAGUCAUGACGUCAUCGGAGGCGCCGCCCCCUCGCUGUCACGUGACCUGCCCGGAAGAAAGUUGUCGCCGCCGCCAAGAACAUCAAUUAUGGAUGAUGCUGUAGCCACAGAUGCAUCUCAGCCUCUGCCCAGGGUUUUCCUCUCUUCCGUGGGGAAGUGUUCAAAGAAAUGAUGAGGAAUAUAGAGAGAGAAAGAUAAUAAUAAUAAAAAAAAAGAUAUAGAAAUUUAUAGAAAUAUAGAUAUAUAUGUACGUGUGUUCGGGGGGAAGAAUUAUUAGUUCUUGUUAAGGAAAAAUAUAUAUAUAUGUAUAAGGAUCUUUGAAGAAAAUGGAGAGGACACGAAAUGGAAAAAAAUAUAUAUAUACAUGUUAGGAAGGGACUUUAAAUAGAAAUAAAAAGUAAAGGAAAAUAGAAAUGGAUGUGAACGAGGCUAACGGCAAUAGAAAACGGGGGAAAGGGGCAUAGAAAACGACCCCCUACCGGAUAUAAUUGUUAUUAUUACCAAUAAUACG